AUGGCUCCGUUCCCCGCACCUUCCCGCAGGCAGUUCCCGGCGUCCUGGCCAGAGGCGGCCGUGGUUACGUCGCCCGUCCACCGUGCGGGAGCCAGGGGCAGGGGGUGCAGCGGGACGAGAGCAGAGUGCCGGCCAGGCCGAGAGGCUGGCAGCCUGGCGGGAGGGGAAUUUCCCGCGGCUGACGUAGGCCGGCGCAGCCUUCAAGCCGGAGGCGUGGGGCGGGGCGUCCUAGCUGUCGUAGCGCGCGCGACCGCCCCCAGUGCCCCGCCCUGCCCGCCCCCGCUCGUUCUCACCAUCCGCCCCGGCGAAUACGCCCCCGGCGCUGCUGUGGCGAAGGGCUUGGGCGGGGGUCGAGGGAGCGGGAGCUUGGAAUGGGCUUCGGGAGCGCAGGGAACGGCGGGAGCCGGAAGGUCGCAGCGUGAGAAGGCCGCCGGCUCCCGAGAAAUCCCCCUCCUCCAGAUGAAGUAUUCGGGGUUCAGAGAAGUUACUUCAACAUACAGCGCUUCCGAAUGCUGGAGAGAGUUCAAUUUUACGGUUGGAAGGAACCCUAUAGAUCAUUUAGUUCAUCUCCCUCAUUUUACACAUGAGGAAAAUGAGGCACGGAAAGUGUGGUUUUGUCCUGUUGGAUCAAUUAUCUAACCUGGGCCUGGACUCCAUCUACCACUGUCCUGCCUGGUUCACUGCAGCUCACUUCAUCUUCCUGUGCCUUCUCUGAAAGGCCCCCUCCAAAAGUUUCCUGGGUAUGUCCCCUCAAGGUACAUACCAUGCCUACAUUCCCACCUGUAGUAUUCUGACUGAGCCACCUCAAAACUCACUGGUAAUGCUGCACACAUUCUGUGCCCAUCUUCCCAGACCUCCCUCCCCAAAUCCGGCCACAGUUGCCUGACUAUCUGGUAUAACUGUCGUAGUCUUUAAAGGGUGAUUU